CAGCUUUCUUUCUUUAGUGAACGCCCCCACCCUUACCACUACCUUUUUGUUUACAUUCUAGCACGUUAACUGCUGGCCCUAUAAGGCUAGAAUAAGCCAGCUGACGAAAAAAUUCAACUCUUAAUAAUAAAAGCUGGACGGAAGAUCUUAAAAGAAGAAUGAUCAACAUAAAUGUGAAUAAAACUGAAAGAGGAUAUCAUAAGAAGAUAUUAACGGUUUUAAAAUGACUGCAAUGACGGAGGAAAUUCAAAAACUCUCCAAAAGGUUUUUGAAAAUGUACCCAGUGAAGGAUAUAGAUUUAAAGCUUAUGAUGAAUAAUCUUUCAAAAUUAGAUUAUGAUGACUCUAUGGAAUAUCAGGAGAAGUUAUUAAGGAGCACAAUACACCACCCCAUUGUCCAAAAGUAUCCGCCAACCAUUUUAUACCGCCAGCGGUUUUUGAAACGUCUUAUUACAGAGAUUGAGGACAUUAACCUUGAAGUGAUCGAUAGUCUCUAUAAAGCGUAUACAAACCUCUUAUCUCAGGAGAAUAGAAAUACUGAAAAUAGUGGUAGUAUUUCAUACUGCUACAAAACUUAUUGCUUGGCACCAGAACUUACAAUAACACUGAAGGAGACACAAAAUAUUAUAUCUGAAGGAACAACUGGUAUGUUUACCUGGCAGGCAAGUCAUGUUUUAGCAGACUGGUGUCAGAAGGAGGCAGAUAGCUUUAGUGGAAAAAAUGUUCUUGAACUUGGAGCAGGACUAGGAUUAACUGGUCUUACAGUUAUCAAAGCAUGUAAUCCUGCAUCAUAUACUUUCACAGACUUGCACAUGUCUGUGUUGAAGACACUGAAAGAAAAUAUUUUAAUCAAUCUUUGUAACGGGAGUAGUCCAGAAAGCACCAAUGAGCCGAGUGAUGGCUUUAGUAUACCUUACAAGGACACAAGAGUAUCAGUAAAGAGGCUUGACUGGACUUCAGAUCACGUUCAGAGUUCUUGUGAUAUUGUUCUAGCUGCAGACGUGGUCUAUGACACUGAAAUUAUUUUUCCCCUUGUUUUAAUCCUCAAAGAAGCCUUGGGUAAAUCAGAUGGAGCAACAGCAUAUGUGGCCAGCACUAUCAGAAAUCAAGACACAUUCAACUGUUUUAGAAAUGCACUAGUAUCAAAUAAUGUGAAAGUGAAAUCAGAAAGCCAUCAUGCCUACCAAGAAUCCCCUUCACAGCAAAAAUCCUUUAUCAUCAUAAUGAAAUUAAUGUUGUAAGUACAUAAUGCCAAAAAUAAUUCCAAGAUAUAGUUGUUUCAUAUUUUUUUUUUUUUAUAAAGGUCUUUCACAA